AUGCCUGUAAAUUGCACGUCAUCUUUUAAUGUAAACCAAUCUGUGCCUGUAUUUCAAACGCUUGCGACAACAGGAUCAAAUAAUAUUCCAUUCCCUAAUCCAAGUUUUACUUCACCUCCUCUGUUUCCUACUUAUGCUGUGCCAGGUGACGUUUCAACUAGUUUUAUGGAACCACUUGCAUCAGCAGUUCCACAAACAAUAUCCCUAAGCAGUUCUCUAAAUAUUUUGAGUUCCAGUGGUAAUCUGAUUACAGACUGCAUUUCUAACACAAGCAACAUUGCUUCACAUGGAACAGCAGGACAAUCCAUAUCUGUGAAUCCAGACCCAGUUUUGAACUACUCAGUCUCUGCAUACUCUUCGAUGGUAGCGUUUAUGGCUGCAAUGCAGUGUGGUGAUUUUAAUCGGGCUCGAUUGAUUUCAUCUGCUUCAAAAAGUUUAUCAGAUUUACCUGACUUAAAUUUUAUUCCGCCGAAUUCAGUAAGUUCGUCAGAUAUUCCCAACUCAUUUUCAAAUGAAUUUAAUUUAAGCAUGUCAUCCACACCACUGGCAUCAUCAAACUGUAAAGGAUAUGCAAAAUUGAAUGAAUUUCACAGUAACUCUACUCAACUUUCUGGAAAUGAUUUUCCAAAAUUUUCUAAUUCCUUAAAUGACCAAAGGAAUUCACUAGUAUUCGCAUUGUCCUCUACUUCUCCUACCGGCAUUACUACGCCAAAUAAAAGCAGAAUACCGAUAGAAAAAGAAUCGAUGAAAAAGGAGUCAUUAGAAAUCGGUGAAACAAGCAGAAUAUCCUGCAGUAAUUCAGAUAAAAUAAAAGGUGUUCAGUUGAAUAAACAUAUACGUAAUGACUUUGAAUCAGCUUUAGAUUUGUCCUCUGCAUCACGCAAUAAAAAGAAUAUAGGCUGUGAUAAAUUUCAUAAGCCAUCUGAAUUUCACUUCAUAGUGAACACUGCUGAGUCCAAUGAACAAAUUCUUCAAGGUAACAGACAUGGGUUAAUUAAUUCUUAUAGGCUUCACAGUGAAUUUCCAAAUAAAUUACAAGGUGAAGGGAAUAAGUCUUUUUCAAAUAAAUCUAUUACAACUGUCAAACAAACAACUAACAAUAAAGAGACAGCUAGUUACGUCUUACAAAAUACUCAUCUUCAAAAAACACUGUCUAGAUUUUUUCAUUGUGACAAGGUGAAAAAUACUUCAGAGAGUAAGCUUAGUGAUAAAUUCUACUAG